CUGAAUACGGAUGGGAAAAGUUAAGGUUAUGACGAUAGCCGUGCUUUGUAAAGUCGAUACGAGCACUCUAGCCUACAUAAGGAACUCGUGACAACUCGCAUUAGCGACUGCUUACAUUAUUAACUUUACGAAAAUUGACGGUUACUGAAGUCAACUUUAUACGAAGACUUGAAGGGGUUGUUUAUCUGACGACAGAGAGUACGUAACGUUAGCUACGAGAUAGCUAACUGGCUAAUUAAGCUGUCAUUCGGAGUUUGUCGCUCACUGGGAGGGAAUGGAGAAAGCUAAACAGGAUGCAUUUGACAAUGCUAGACUUCAGGUGAUCAAAGAUGGCUAUGAGAGGGCCUUUGAGUGCAUCAAUAAAGGGCUGACAUCAGAUGAAGCUGGAAACAAGGCAGAGGCCCUGGAGCUCUACAAAAAAGGCCGGCAACACCUUCUCAGAGCCAUCAGUGUGCCUACACAUGGAGAGGAGUGCUUCGGCAGCUCCUGGGAAUCAGCCAGAGAGAUGCAGCAGAAGAUGCGGGAGACGCUGAACAACAUCACCACUCGCCUGGCCAUAUUAGAGACCAGCUCUGACCCCCACACUGGACCAUCGCAUAGCUUCAGUAGCGGUGUGUCUAGGCCGAGUGCGAUAGACGAGUCUGCAGAAGCCCUCUACCCACAACUCCCUGCCAAAGAGAAGCCAGACAGGCCAACUCCACCAAACCUACUUUCUGUUAAUGGCCAAGCAGCAGGAGCAGUAGGAGGCAUGCCUGCAUGCAGCACUGUGGGUCAAUCUCUUUCACCUACCAGACAGCCAGUGUUUCUAGGUGACCAGCCUCCAGCUUACUCUGCUCAGGCGGCUGAUGGCCACCUCUCUAUUUCAUACGGAACUGAAUCAGGGGAGCUGUCAUUGGUUAGUGAUGAGUUCUACAGUCGUACGUCGAAUUCAACACCAUCUCCCCAGAGCAUGGCUGAAGAGGGAGAGGAGAUGCUGUAUAUCCCUCACGGGGUUCAGAUAUUCUUUGUAACACCAGAGGGGCAAGUGAGCGCCCCGUCGUACCCGGGCUACCUGCGGCUGGUGAAGUUUACUAGUGAUCGCUCUGAAAGAAUGCCCAACAGACCACCAGCAUUUCUGCAGGUGUGUGACUGGCUGUACCCUCUCAUGGCCAUGGACUCACCAGUGUUGCUGUGUAACACUGGUGUGUUUAUGUUUCCGGACAUGAUGGCGCCAACUCCAGGCUAUUAUGUCGGGGUGGUGCUAUCCUCUGAGCUGCCUGCUGCACAGAGAGAGCUGUUCAAGGACCUGCUGUCCCAGAUGACAGAUCUGAGGGUUCAGGUUCCAGAUGAAGCUGAAGACAACAUUAACCUCAGUCAAAAGGUGUCCAUCGUUCCAACUGAGGAGACUGUGCCAGCUGCGACACAGGAGGAAGAGGAGGAGGAGGAUAAAGCUCUGCCCGAGUGGAGUGAAAAGGUGGCAAGUGGGAUUUUGACAGGUGCGUCCUGGUUAAGCUGGGGCCUCGUGAAAGGAGCCGAGUUCACAGGCAAGGCCAUUCACAAGGGGGCAUCUAAACUCAGAGAACACAUCACCCCAGAGGACAAACCCACCCAAGUCAGCCCCACAGUCACCAAAGGCCUGCAUGUUGCCAAGCAGGCGACGGGGGGAGCUGUAAAAGUCAGCCAGUUCCUAGUGGACGGGGUGUGUACUGUUGCUGGCUGUGUGGGUCGGGAGUUGGCUCCACACGUGAAAAAACAUGGAGGAAAGCUGCUUCCAGAGUCCAUGAAGAAAGACAAGGAUGGGCGUUCCAACAUAGAUGGAGCCAUGGUGGUGGCGGCCAGCGGAGUGCAAGGAUUUGCAACCAUGUGGACUGGUUUGGAAGUAGCAGCUAAAGACAUCACCACGAGUGUCGCAUCAGAGACAGUAACCACUGUAAAACACAAAUUUAGGGGUCUACAAAACCUCUUUGACCCACCUAAUGAGAAGAACUGUAAUUCUUCUUAAUUAUACAAAGCUGUUUAACUCUUUACACCACUAAUCACAAGCAUGACAUGAGCCCAUAUUUUCUCUUUCCUUAAAAAAAAAAAAAAAAAGAUUUGGGUCUUGCACAAAGCACUCUAAAAUCUUCUGUGCUGUGCUAAUUCACUGCUCUUCACCUUUGUGCCCAGAUACAUGAUGGCGCCGCUUUCUCUGAUUUCUCCACAUAUUUCUAAUGGAAAUCCCACAACACACAAUGUUUCUGUGCUGCCUGACUUUGAAAUAUACCAAUAUUGUAUGAUUUGGUGUUAUAUGUUCCAAUGAUGAACAAAAUACACAAUAUAUACGUGAAUAUUAAUUUAUUUAGGUUUGGACGUUAUGACUGUACAGAGUGAGGUGACAGAAAUUUGUCAACCAUUUCUCUGCUCAAAAGUGGAGUCUGCAAUUCUGGAAAAAGAUUGUUCAAUACGCGUUUGCCACAUCCAUCGAAUAUCUCCUCACAGUGCGCUAGCUGUCUGUUCUGUGGGCGCACUGAAGAGAAAUCGGGUAUUUAUACACAUGCCUGGCUCUGUAAGUGGAAAACAAAGUAGGUCAGGCCGAGCCACAAAACAGUAUUCCAGCCAAUCGGUUUGUGCUUGUGCACAUUACAGGAGGAAGUCAUCAGAGCAGCUGUCUGUAAUGAAAUGACAGUCUCCCAACUUCAGCACCCAUUGCAUGGUAGGGGAGGGGAAGGUAAAGAAGAUGUGGUCACUUUACAUAGAAAGCAUUUUUGUGCAUCUCAUGGAGAGCCCUGUUUUACACUCUGAGUCUGUUUCUGUCAUAUUUAAUGAUGUAUAAUCUGAGCACACAGUUGUUUAAAUGACAGAAAUAUUCUACUAGGUAUCUAUUUUGAAGCUAUUAACCAUAUUUACAUUGAUUGAUCAAGGCUCCCAGUCUGUCUGUGAGCUCACUGUUUCAUUAGGCAGGUUCCCCUCAUUUGGGGGUUGGAGCUUCUUAAAGAGCAUGACAGGAGAGAUACAUUUGUUUUGAUUGUAGUUCAAAUAUGAACAAUCUUUCUCCAGAAUCAUUGACUCCACCUUUUAAUAAAGCUGCUUGGUUUUUUGUUUUUUUUGCUGCAAAUCAAUGAGCAGGACUUUCUUCCUGAAUUUACAUUAAUUUUGCAUCUAUGUGAUAAAGCACCUUAAUUUAUCAGGUAUUUAAUAAACCUGAUUAGCAAAUACUAGAAUCCUAUAUGGUUAUUCUAACCUUAAACAUUUUCUAAAUUUAAUUUACAGAAAAUUUACAAUAUCACAAUAUAUGUCAGUAUUGUGAUACUAAAAUAUACCCUGUUUACAGUGAUAGCUGAUCAUAUUCAUAUCACCCUCCCCUAGAUGUCUGAAUUACAGUGAACAAGUAUUAGUAUUGAUUAAAAUGAAUUCUGGCAGAAAAACAUUUCUAAAUUCCAGAUUGUGGACUUGCAUGGGUGUAAUCCUCCUGUUUAAAUACACACACUGCAUGGCAUCUUGGCAAUCCUCGCACUGCAUAUUAAUUCUCCUCAAAUCCUCUGUCUUUCACCUCUUACUCUGACCUCUCACCCAAUCUGA